CUCAGGACGAAGACAGCCACACGCACAUACACUCCAACACACGGCCCAAGCGCAGGGCCGAACACCACAUACAGUAGAGCAGUUCCAGGGGAAACAGGAAUCUUUGUCCCUUUCAGACCAAAGUGUUGUGCAGUAUGGAGCUUUUUGAGACCAACCCUUACUUCUUCCCUGACCAGCGCUUCUACGAGGGAGGGGACAGCUACUUCCCCUCUCGUCUGCCUGGGGGGUACGACCAAUCCACCUACCAGGAUAGGAACUCUAUGAUGGGCUUGUGUGGGACUCUGUCUGGGGGUGUUGGAGUUGGGUUGACAGGAACAGAGGACAAAGCCUCUCCAUCUAGCCUGUCACCUCACUCAGAGCCCCACUGCCCGGGUCAAUGCCUGCCAUGGGCCUGUAAGCUGUGCAAAAGAAAGACGGUUACCAUGGACCGCCGGAGAGCGGCCACAAUGAGAGAGAAGAGGCGUCUAAAGAAGGUGAACGAGGCCUUUGAUGCUCUGAAGAGGAGCACCCUGAUGAAUCCUAACCAGAGACUACCCAAGGUUGAGAUCUUGCGAAGUGCCAUCCAGUAUAUUGAAAGGCUGCAGGCCCUGGUGUCUUCCCUGAACCAGCAGGACACUGAGAUGGGACAGCAGGGACUGCACUACCGACCCAGCACGGCCCAACCCAGAGUGUCAUCUAGCGCGCCCAGUUCAGGCAGCACCUGCUGCAGUAGCCCAGAGUGGAGCAACACUCCAGACCAGUGCACACAAAGCUACAGCAGCGAGGAUCUUCUGAGUGCUGCUGACUCUCCAGAGCAGGGGAACAUGCGUGCCCUGACCUCCAUCGUGGAUGGCAUCAGUGCUGCAGGUGGACCUGUGGCCUUUCCUGUGGACAUUUCCAAAUAGAGCCCCACACAGCGGACCGAUGGGUGCACAGAGAGCCACAGACAAAAACGAAAAUGACAAUUGGCAAAGCAGGUUGAUAACCGGUCCAAUUUAAUUUAUUUUUCAGCUCCACUGAUGUGAGUGUCUUAUGCUAAAAUGUUUUUAAAAGUAUGUUAAUUGUAACUUUGCUGAUCAAUGGGUCUGCUGCCAAACUGAAUUCCUUCUGUUCACAAUGAGGCCUUAUUCCCUUUAUUUCCUGCCUUGUCCUCGGUCUAGACCUGUCUGUCAGAGCCACAGGAGCUUAGUCUAAUGAGAUAUUCAAAGACUUCACUGCAUGCACCCAACACAUAGUUAGUAGAAUGGAUCUCUGUUUGGUUUGCCUUCUGUCUGAUAGAGCCACAAAGGAAGGAUGAAGCCUGGUUUUCUUCUUACUUAAUUUAAGUUUUCCUCUUUUCUAAACCUUUCCCUUAUCUCUUGAUCUUUGUGUGUGUUCAUUUCUGGGGCCAAUAUGUACCAUGGCAGUUUUGACCAAGAUCUGCUUAAUUUAAACUGGUUAUGAAUGAUAGUGCUGUAAAUACUGUACGUUCCCUUUUAUACAGAGUGUUUUUGCCAUACUUUUGCUAACUUAUUUUUGACUUUUAUAAGUAAGAUUGUUGUGUAUUUGUAGAUGUUCUGAAAAGUGAAAUUUUCUCUCCAAAUCUUCAAUAAAGACCAUUUUCAAUACA